ACACACACAGACAGACACAGACACACAGCACAGACCGAGUACUGCUGCAGUCUGCUGGAUCUGCUCCUGAAGAUUCUGAGGGUUCUGAGGGUUCUGAGGGUUCUGGAGGAUCUGGAUCAUGGUUCUGAAACGAGCUGCUGUUCUCCUGCUGCUCCUGCUGCACGGCUGCCUGAGCCAACACGUCUUCCUCAGCGAUCACGCGGCCUCGCAGGUGUUGAUGAGGAGCCGUCGAGCCAAUCAGCUGUUUGAGGAGGUGAAACCAGGUAACCUGGAGAGAGAGUGUGUGGAGGAAAUCUGUGACCAUGAAGAAGCUCGAGAGGUGUUUGAAAACGUGCUUAAAACGGGCGUCUUCUGGGAUACAUAUCUGGAUUGUAAAGGAACUCAGCUGUCCAGGACUCAGGAUAACAUUGAAAUGGUCCGUCAGUGUAUAGAAGGUCAGUGUAUCUCAGGUUCUGGAGUAAACUAUGAAGGAAACAUCAACAUCACAACAUCAGGGAGGCAAUGUCAGAACUGGAGGCACAGCUUCCCACAUCCCAUAAUCAGGGAGUUUAAUGCUUCAGAGUUACCUGACCUCCAGGAGAACUUCUGUAGGAACCCUGAUAAACGUCCUGAUGGACCCUGGUGCUUCACCACAGACCCCACCACUCAAAAAGAGUCCUGCAGGGUCCCAAAGUGUGGUGAGAACUUUGUCCCGCCCACUGUGGCCCCUAAAACAAUCGAAACAACUGGCGCCUGCAUUCCUAAUAAUGGCAUUGACUACACUGGCGACCUGGCUGUUACCCUGGGGGGCCACACCUGUCUGCAGUGGUCCUCACCUGUGGCAACGGCCCUCAGUCGGGGCAAGGAGUUCAUACCUGAGAUCACACUGACGGGAAACAAGUGCCGUAACCCUGACAACGACCUCGAGGGGCCCUGGUGCUACGUGGAAGUGUUGGGAAACAUAACUAUUGACUACUGCGACCUUAACUUGUGUGAUGACUCUCUUGACGAUUCGUUAACUGAGUCUGGAGGUCAGGAACGUUCCGUCUUGAAACCGGAGAGGAAAAUGUUUUUCGACACUCAAACCUUUGGAGAAGGAGAGAGCGGGUGUGGAGAGCGCCCCCUCUUUGAACUGCAGGGUAAGAAGGACACCAAGGAGGACGAGCUGCUGGAGUCCUACAGAGAUAAACGCAUCGUGGGUGGAGACGACGCCGAGGUCGGCUCAGCGCCAUGGCAGGUGAUGCUCUACAAGCGUCAGCCUCAGGAGCUGUUGUGUGGAGCCAGUCUCAUCAGUGACCAGUGGAUCAUCACCGCCGCUCACUGCAUCCUCUACCCACCCUGGGGCAAGAACUUCACCACCAAUGACAUACUGGUCCGACUGGGAAAACACAACCGGGGAAAGUAUGAGAAAGGAACGGAAAAGAUCGUAGCGCUCAGUCAAAUCAUCGUCCACCCGAGGUACAACUGGAGGGUGAACCUGAACCGCGACAUCGCUCUGCUGCAGCUCAGACGGCCAAUCACGUUCAGUAAUGAGAUCCACCCCGUCUGCCUGCCCAGCAAGAAGGUGGCCAAGAUGUUGAUGACUGAGGGGUACAAAGGUCGAGUGACGGGCUGGGGGAACCUCAUGGAGAUCUGGAACCCCUCGCAAAGAACCUUACCCAAUGUCCUCCAGCAAAUCCAUCUGCCAAUCCAGGAGCAGCUCACCUGCAGACAAUCGACAUCAGUGACGAUCACCAACAACAUGUUCUGUGCAGGCUUCAGUCCAGACGACAGCCAUCGUGGAGACGCGUGUGAGGGAGACAGCGGCGGACCGUUUGUGAUGAAGUACCCGGCAGAGAACCGCUGGUAUCAGAUGGGCAUCGUGUCGUGGGGCGAGGGCUGCGACCGUGACGGGAAGUACGGCUUCUACACUCACCUGUUCAGGAUGAGGAGGUGGAUCCGGAAAGUCAUCGACAGGGAAGGAGGAGACGACGAAGAAUAGACGCACUUCCUGUUGUCCAAUAAAGUUUGUCCACAUCCUAC